CCCCUUCCCCCAACAAACCCCCAUUCGGGAAUCACUAUUCCUCUUCAGAGCUUUUUGAUUUUUCCCUCAAACAAACCCCAGCCAUCUAACCUCCACCACCACCGCAGGGAGUGAGGCACUACUGCCGUCCGUCGCGUUGUCGUCGUGCUCCAGGUCUCCAACCCCCCUUCAUUCUCACGGUCUCACCCAUCGCAGCUUCUUCCUCGAGAUCGACUUUCGCGUCUGGUUUUCGUCUGCUCAGCUGCGCUUCUGCCGUUUUCCGUCGUCGUGCUCGUCGCCUGAUCGCCAUAGUUGGUCGCGCUCAACUGUUCUUCCUCACACUAUGCACAAACUGCUCAGAUCAAAGUUAAUGGCUUCUCUGCUCACUAGUCCACGCCGCGCGCCUCCUCCACGUCACCGGAGCCCUUGGUCCUGAGAAUCUCGCGUUCGAUUGUCACGGAGGAGGGCCAUACACCGACGUCGCCGCGGCCGAAUUCUAAAGUGGGAAGGAGAUGAAGUUGGUUGGACUUAAUUUGCUGUCUCCUCUUCCAAUAGUUGAACCACGGUUAGACCGGUUGGACCAGUGAACCAGUGACUAGAACGGUUCGACGACCGGGCCGGUUUUCAGAACCUUGGUAUCAUCAUAACUCAAGAACGAAUCUUUGGUCUAAUUUCCUCUUCCGUUUUAUAUAUAAAAGUAUGAAUAUGAUUUCAAUAUCCUUUACCUUCUACAUUCCGUUGCCCUGCACUUUGCCACUAUCUAAACUUGCGGUGGUAUGAAAUGGAGAAUCAAGAAAAGAUUGGUGAAACGUUUGAGACGUUCAAAUGGACCAUUAAGGACUUGUCUAAGUUGAACACCAAGAAUAUUUACUCUCAGGAUUUCUUCAUCGGUGGCCAUCCAUGGGUGAUUCUUAUGUAUCUCAGCGGAAACAAUGUGGAUUACUUGUCAAUUUAUUUGGGUGUUCGAGAUUCUUCUACUUUAACUGAUGGAUGGACCAGAUUUUCCAAAUUCAGGUUGGUUCUGAUUAAUCAGAUUAAUAACAAAUUGACAACAGCAAAAGAAACUGAACACACAUUCAGUGCCAGAGAUUGCGUCCGGGGCUUCAAGCUGUGUAUACUUUUAUCUGACUUCUAUGAUCAUAGCAAGGGGUUUCUUGUGAAUGGCACUUGUAUAAUUGAAGCUAAAAUUUCUGUCAACAUCCCAGAACUCGAGAAAAAAGUUUAUCAAGCUGCUCCACCAGUACCGUGCAAGUUCCUGCCAAGCCUACUGAAAAUGGUGAUAAUCCUUUAUCUAUGGACAUGUCUGCAGUCUCAAUGGAUGAGCUUGUUGAUUUCAGGAGUUUUGGGAAAAUAGAAAGAGUGGUUCCUCUUCUUGACGAAGUAUGUGCAAAGCAUCCCUCAAUUAUUGGAUGCCAGAAGAAGAGAAGUCGAAGGUUUAGCGAAUGGACAUUGACAGCUUUGGGAAGAGUUCUGCAUUUCCUCAAGACUAAAAAGGUGAGAGAUAUGGAUGAAGAGGCUUGUAGCCAUCUUCAAAUCUUUAUGGGAGGAACUCGAGACGUUUAGAUUUGAUUUAACUUGGCUCGAGCCGCAUGUUCAAUCUGCCUUAAGUAUGAAAAACUACAUGGAAAGAUCUGCUAAGGUGAAACGUGUGAAGGAGAAUGUGGCUGCUCUGGAGAUGGAAAUGAAGAAGCUGAAGGCUACGGUUGCUGCUGUUGAAGUUGAUCUUGAAAUGGCAAGAAGUGAAUUGGUGAAACUUGAAGAAGGCUUUGAAGAGAGAGAUAUGGAUGGUGAACUAGGAUAUGGGCCAUAGAUUCAUAUUGUUGAAAUUCACUUAAUCUAUGCAGAUAUCAUAAGGAACCAAUGAACCUAUGUGUUUGUAUGACUAACUCGUGUAAUAGCAUUAUAAUUUCUUGCACUUAGUUGAGUUGCACAAAGAAAGAAGAUUACAAAUUGACUUAUUUACCAACAAA